AGAUGCGUCAUUCUGACAUAAAACGAAGAUGGCAGCGGGUCCGAAGUGGGGCUCGUUGCCUAGCGUACUAAUUGUGGACAUUUUGUCGUACCUUUCGCAUGAAGACCGUUUAAAAGCGUCUUCUGUUAACAAGAGAUGGAGGAACUGUCUUUUCCAUCCAUCUUUAUGGAACAACAUAAAGUUUCAACUUGGAUUUUCGAAGCGGCAUAGGUCGAGAUUUUUAGCAGACAGAUGUGGUCGUUUUGUAAGAGAAGCAGUGAUUAAAUUUAAUGCACACAGCUGUACUGAAGUGAGGGAAUGCUCAAGAAUCAUUUCUAUCUUGGGAUCAAACAAGAAUCUACAACAUUUUGCUCUAUUUCCUUCAAGUUGUCACAUAGAAUGGCCAGACACGAAUUUCGUACAGAGGUUUUUAAAUGGUUUAGAAAGCAUCAUCCAGACAAGUAGAAGACUGAAACAUUUCUCUCUGGGUUGUGUCGAGGAGCUCUUGGAACAUUCCAAUCAUCUUUUGCAGUUGUUAUCUAAACACCACUCACAGUCCCUGAAACAUCUAUUCCUGGCCAGUGUCAAAGAAGACAGUGAGAACUAUGGAAUCAUAUGGUUGACUCCCGAUGAUCUUCGACCAUUCCACCAGCUGAGUCACCUCAGUAUAGAUUAUGACUACCUUACAAAUAGUGUCCUCGAGUCUUUCGUUGACAGAAGUCGUGCAAAGUUGGAAAAACUGAUCAUACAUAUCCAUGGUAUAGAGAGCACUCAUGAGAAAAUCUCCAAUGCAUCUUGGCAAAUGAUAACAGCCCACAACCCAUCUCUGGCUGUGACCAUCAACUUGGUACAUUCCUUUGAUGGAGUUGAGUCGCUGCUCGAUAUCCUGCAGCCAAACCUGCCCCUAACUCACUUCAGACAGUUCUUCUGCAACAACUUGAACACUGCAGCAAUUAAUUAUAUGUCCACACACUAUAGGAACAGCCUGCGGGUAGUGUACAUUUUAGAUGGCCUGAUGGAUGGUUACCCCGUGCCCUACUUCAGUCAUACAGAGGAGGACCCCUUUGUGAUGCUAGCAUGGAGAUGUACAAAGCUGCAGGACUUCUCACUGAUUGGUUAUGAAAUCUCAGAUGAUGAUGUGAUAGCCAUUGCCAGACUGAGGGGACACAAUCUGAGGACCUACAGUGUUCCCCACUGCUGUAUCUGUACCGUGGAGGAGGAGGACCACAUAGCCUGGGUCAGUCACGGCUGCUAUCCUCAAGAUUUCCCUCAAAAGGUGUCAGAGAAUCUGAAGUGGGAGUGGACUCCAAUAGAGGAUGAUGAGCUCCCCCUGGCUGUGUUUGACAUUUCAGCAGACGCUGAGAGAGCUUACAUGAGCACCCUCCUCUCAGAUCAACAGGUGUAACGGAAGAACCAGGCCAGGCGAACAAAACAGGUGGCAAGAUAACAUGAUAUGAGUUAAGAGAAGAGCAAACUAACAAAAUGAUAUAAUCAUUGAAAGUUAUUUAAAAAAAAAAACAGCAAAAAAGAGGGUUAGUCCAUUGAAGUGAAGUUACCAAAAUAUUGUUUUCAGUUAUGGAAGUCUUUCAGGUGGUUUUAUUAUUUUUUAUGUUGCCUAUUUUGAUAUAUUAUUAGAACUUGUUACCCAAUGAGAUCUUCAGAGUUUACAACAGUAUAUAUUUGUUUGUAUUGGCCCUCUUUUAAACUUGUAUAUAAGUUGUAUUAUUUAAAACAUAGCAAAGUUAUAAAUGAUUUAAAUUUGCCGUGCUUUUUGUUCAAGUUCUGAUAUUUUUUAUGGAUGUCCAUGCUUCUGUUUUUGUACAGAGACCCUUUACUGGUAUGAGUGGUACAUUGUUAUAUAAAUUGGUGAUUGAAGCACUGGUUACAGGACAACAAAAUAACUUUUUGUUUUAUAUUCUUGAGAGUAUGGAGGCCCCUCAAUAUAAUGUUAACUAAGUCUUUUUUUUUUUAAUUUGAAGUACAUGUACUAGUAAAUGCUACACAGGAUCAAAGCUUAUAUAAAAAUAAUUCAGUGUAAAUGCUUAAUUUAUGGAAUUUUUGUGAAUGACAGGACAAAAUAUUUUGACAGGACUUAGACCGAAGAAGAUGGAAUCAGUGUGAGGGUUUCUUGUUUGUAUCUGAUAAUCCAUUUCAUAGAUUAGACAGAGGGAUUUUCUUGAUAUUGUUAAACUAAAAACCUUAUAUAUAUAAUUAUAUCUAUUUAUAUGCCUAUGCUAUGAGAUCAUAGUGCUGUUGUAAAUGUGUUAAAAUGUCUAGUCAAUGCAUGCUUCCAUCAUGUUUGUUACAUACAAUAUAAAACACCCAUACUGAUGUCAUCAGAAUCCCAGCCAAGCUAAAGAAUAUGUGAUACUUUAAUGAAGAACAAUAAAGAAAAACGUUCUUUUUAACCCUGUGCAAUUUUUGAAGGGUGUAGAAGCCAUCCAAAUUUUAAUCAUGUGUAUAUAUAUACUGUGAAUGACAUUGCAUAGUUUCUUUUGAAACAGUUUAUCUUUGUGUUUUACUUUUGCCAUCAAUUGUUUUAAUGUAUAAAGUAUCCAGUUUUAUGGGGUAAAGUUGCUAACUUUGUUUCAAUAUUAAAGGUCAAGUGCAAUUGUUAACAGCUGUUUUAUUUGUUACAUGCUUAUACACAUUUGUAUCUGUUUAUGAAAGACACUUGUGGAGAAAUCAGGGGUGAUAUACAGAUGGGAAUAUUUUUAGUAUUAUAUAUACAUGUAUCUAUUGUGAUAUACAUCUUGAACGUAACAUCCUAAGUUGAACAAUUGUCAAGAUUUGAUGUGAUUUUGCUGUAUAACAUCUAAUUAUCUGUUGUUGUAACUAUGUUGUUUUUAUAUUGUAUAUUUUUGUGCACUAAGUAAGACACCUAAUUUUACACUUGAUGUAAAAAAGAUUUGGCACUGUUAAUAUUUUUUUAUUUACGAUUAGUAUUAUCCAACAUCUUUUUUUUUUGUCAUCAGUACAUAUAGCAUUGAAUAUGCAAAAACAUCACCCUUUACAAAUGUGAUAGAAGUUGGUGAAGGAGCAUAGUGUUGUGCAGGUGAAACUAUUACGGGUAAACAUAUGUAAUGAAAUAUGUCAUCUCAGAAAUGGUCUUGCCCUGAAAUCAAGAGGUUCAGAACAAAUAUAACCAUCCAUAAAGUAAAGAUUUGUUUAGAAAUACCCUCAGUUUCACAGACACAGGGGUCACUUUGUCAGGUGGAUAUUCUUUAACAUAGUCUAAACAAAACUGUCACAAUGAAAUAGUUUCUAAGUAACUUUACUAAAGAUAUAACAAUAAGCUGAGUCACGACUAAUAUCUAAGGCAUACUGCUAGCUUCUCAGUAGAGGUUUGAGAAAUAUUUAAUCAGUAAAUAUAUUAUAUAAAUAUAUUUAAUUCAAGUAUUUUCAUUUUAAAGGUACUUUUUCCUUACAAACCCUGCUCCGAAUUAUCAAUAUUAUACGAAAGUAAGCUCAAACUAAAGUGACGAUUCAUUUCAAUCAUGAUACUUAAGUAUGAAGAAACUGCUGUAAUAUUGAUUUAAAUGUUUCUACAGGCAACAUGUUUUAAGUUCCAGGAUAAACAUAAACAAAGUAUUAUAUCUAAGCUAUAUGAUAGCUUAAGGAAAUGCUUCCUUUCAAUCAGAAUAGAAUAUCUCUUUCAGAUCUGUUGAGAUGAAAUGUCAAUUUUCGUAGGAUAUAGAUUACAUGGUUAAAAUAGAUGUUUUCUUUACUAUAUUAAGAUUGCCAAAGGUGCAUGAGCUCAAAAUGCCACCGUCUUGCACAAGAUUUUUUUUCUUUUAGACUAGUAUGUUAUUGUAUUACUCCAUUUAAACAAUAUAAAUAACACUAUGUAUAUUUAAAACUGAUCAUUUACUUGAAUCAUACCAUCUAAUUUAUAUCAGCAUUUUUAUUAGUCAUUCAUGUUAAAAGAUUAAUGGAUUUUAAUGGUAGGAGUCUGGAGUUUGUUUAAAGUUAUAAUAUCAUAAAAGGAGAAAAUCCAAUGUAGAAUUUUUUGAAAAACAAGUCCCCAUAGUUUAGAAAUCCUGCAUGUUUCCUUCAUUCUUUAUAAUUAUGUGUAAUUGUAUCUACAUUUCAGUUUUUUUCUUUCUUCUGUUUUAUUCUACAGUAAUUUUGGCUCAAGGAAAUAUUUUAAAUGGACUCAAAUGUGUAAAUAUUUCUGCUUACUUAAAUUUUUAUUGUCAGUAAUUUUUUUUGAUGUGAAGUUGUUGAAAUACCAACAUUUACAUGUAUAUGAGUACUCCAGUGUAAUAUAAAUUGAGGAUCUAUGAGAUUUGAAAUUUUCUAAGUGCGUCUAUUCCUGUUUUGAUCUGCAUUUAUAUUUUACCUGCAUGAUGUACCACAGAGUUUGGGGUUUGAAAUCCUAACUAAUGUUUAAAAGCAAUGUUAACCAGAGGUGUUCAAAAUAUAAGAUUAUGAGGGCGUUUUUUUCCCAGCCAUUGUAUUAAAUACCAAUGUUUGAUUUAUUUUUUAGAAUUGUGUAAACAAAUGUAUGAUAUAUUUAGUUUGUGUAAUGUUAUGAAUUCCAUGUGACCUCAGUUUGUUUUGAAAAAUAAUUUCUUUAUCAGACAUUCCACCUUGAUUUGAUGAGAGUAACUCAUGUUAAAGAUUAUUGUGUGUGCAAGAUUCUAAUUAGCAAUGAAGAACAUCACUUUUUUGUAUAUUAUAGCAUAUAGUCAGGGCACUGAUCACAUUGAUUCUGGUAUAGAGGUAGUGAAGGAUUUGGACCAGUGAUAUAUUUUUCUAUUUAUUGUUGCCAUCAAGGACAAUAUAAUGUUAGAGCUUGUAUUGCUACAGUUUUAUUGUUUAUUUGUUUAUUCCUAUGCUUCUGUGAGUUAUGCCUGCUUUGGAAAUGUUUUAUGGGUUAUUGUAAUAAUCAAGCCUUAAAUUCUGUAUUACUUGUUUGCAAUAGAUGUCAGUUUAUUUUUAUGCUAUAAUUAUCAUAAUAACCAUUGCUUUUGGUAUAUUUAUGAACUAAAUUAAUUCCAGCUUUUAAACAGAUAUAAUCCUGUAAGUGAUAGGCUUAUCUGAGUGUACAUCUCAAAACUGACAAUUGAUUUGUGAAAAGCAAAGAUAAAGAACCUAUAUUGGUGCUUUUGAGGGAUUUUUUUGUAAGUAUUACUGAAUAAGAGGACAAUAUUAAUGACUGCCUGUCCUCCUUAGUUGUCAUUUUUUACUGGUAUAGAAGUCUGGGAGUAAUUAUUUGAGCAAGGGUCAACUCAUUUAUAAUUAACAAUAAGUUAUAGAUGACUGUAAAAUUUCCAUGCAUGCAUUUAGAACAUUGAAUGCUGAAACAUUCCAAAGCUUGCAUAUUUUGAAAUCAAAAUGAAUAAGAUGGUGUAUAUUGUACAGUAAGAACUAAAGGUGCUAUAUGAUAUUUUGUCAGGCUAUAUGGAUGUAAGAGAGUGAACUGCUUAAUCAUCAUAUAAUAACUAAUGUCAAGUAAUGUUGGUUACAACAGUGUACGGUAUAAUGACCAUUCUGUGUAUUUGUUAAUUGCCAAGAGGGCUUUCAUUUCCACCUGUGAUUGUAUGUUAUUGAAUCUCAAACUCUUACAUCCAUGAAACCUGUCUGUGGGCAUUGAUUAAAGAAAUGCUACCAGUCCUGGUGAUAUUAUGGACAAAACUAAUGAGAGAAGUGCCAAAAUAUUAACAACUGUUCCAUAUGCCUUUGGUCAGACACAAUGUUACCAAUGAUCUUUGUUUUUAAUUUUAUUGAAAUAUGUUGAUCAGGAUUGGAGGUGUAGCAUUUUAAAGUUUAUGUAUAUCUUGACAGUUGGAUUUUAUGUCAAUAAAGUAUUGGGCAUCUGUGCUCCAAACAUA